AUGCGUCCCAAUGCAACGCGCCUCUGCACCGCCCUCGCGCUUCUCGCCACCGCGACCGGCUUCCAGACGCACCGCGCGAUGCGGCCUGUGUCGAAGCCGUCGCGCGCCUUCCGACCGCGCCUGACGCCGGCUCUGGCCACGACGACGUCCACGACGGAGAUGAUCGACGCCGCCGAGUCCAUGGUCACGUCGGAGGAGACGCUGCGCAUCGGCAGCCUGCGCUUCACGCGCUACGACAACGCGUCCACCGGCGAGCCGCUGCUCUACGUGCCGGGCAUCGAAUUCCGCGGCAUCUCCAUCGCGGCCCAGCUCCCGCGCCUCGCGGCGAACGGUUUCGAUCCCUGGUACUGCUGGCUCGACGGCGACGGGAGAACGCCCUUCGAGGACGUGGUGACGUCCAUCGCGACCUUCGCGAAGCGGGAACUGCGCGACGGAAUCAUCGUCGGCGAGUCGCUCGGAGGCUUGUUCGCGACGGCGGCCGCCGUCGAAUUGAGCGACGAGAACGCGUUGCACGAGCUCCGGGGCAUCGCCCUCGUGAACCCCGCGACGUCCUACGACCGCACGUCCUGGUCCGUCGGCGGGCGCGUCGUGAGCGCGGCGCCCGCGGGGAUUCCCUACGCGGGCGCGAUCGCCGCGGCCGUCGGCUUGCUGGCGUCGGACGCGUCGAUGGUCGAGAAGUCCGCGGCGGAGUGGCAGAACCUGGACUUUUCCAACCUGGCCCGCGCGGCGAGCGGCGCCAUGGCGCUGAGCGAGCUCGUGCCGCCCCAGACUUUGAGGCACCGCGUCGUCGACUGGCUCGACCGGGGCUGCGCGGCGACGAACGGCAAGCUCUGGCGGUUAAGACGCAAGGAACGCGGCACGAAUGUCCUCGUGCUCGCCGGCGGCGACGACCGCUUCCUGCCGUCGGCCUCCGAGGCCGCGCGCCUGAAGAAGGAGCUCCCCGGCUGCGAGGCCGUGAUCCUGCCGCGCGGCGGCCACGCGGUCCUCGUCGACGACGAGCGGCUGGAUCUCUCCGUGGCGCUCCGCAGGUCCCGGGCGCUCUACGGCGCGGAGCUCCGCGCCGCCAAGGCGCGCAGGGCCCAGCGCUGGGUCGAGGACUUCGUUCCUCCGAACGCGACGCAGAUCGCGGAGUCGCGGCGAUCGGUCGUCGACCCGUUCCGGCGCCUCGUGUCGCCCGUGUUCUUUUCCACGGUCGACGGGGUCCCCGUCCGUGGACUAAAGGGCGUGCCGUCGCCGGGCGAAAAGCGACCCGUGCUGCUCGUCGGGAACCACCAGCUCUUCGGCAUCGACCUGAGCGUCUUAGUGGACGAGUUCCUCCGCGACCGCGACCUGCUGAUCCGGGGCCUGGCGCACCCCGUCGCGACGAACGCGUUGAGCCUCUUCGACGCGCAAAGCGACGCGACGGGGCCGCCGGACUACUGGGCCGACUCGCCGCGGCGCGACCGGGGCUUCGGCGGCGCGGCGGACGGCGACACGUUCUUCCAGACCUUCGGAGCCGUGGAAGUCUCCCCCCGGAACUUCGUGCGCCUCAUGCGCGACGACGCGGCGGUGCUCCUCUUCCCCGGCGGCGUCCGCGAGUCGAACCACGGCAAGGACGAGGCCUACGAGCUCUUCUGGCCCGAGGAGACGGACUUCGUGCGCGUCGCGGCGAAAUACGGCGCGGACAUCGUCCCCUUCGGCGCCGUCGGCGCGGCGGACUCCUUCACCAUCGUUCGCGACAAGGACGAGCCGCUGCCCUUCGGCGGGGGCGACCCGCGCGGCGGCGCGGGGAGCGUGCCGUCCGCGCGGCGCUGGGCGAACCGCACCGAGGACUUCCGGUUCCCGCUCGCGGUGCCGACGUCGCCGCGGCGCUUCUACUUCCGCUCUACCCAGCGCUUCGGCGAGGUCAUCGCCACGGCGGACCUCGACGCCAACGACAAGGACGCCUGCGCGGCGGUCUACGCCGAGGCGCGGGACGCGUGCCGGGGCUCCAUCGACUGGCUCCUCGAGAAGCGCGAAGGCGACGCCUACGAGAACCCGCUCCUCCGCCUGCCCUACGAGGCCGCGUCCGGCGCCGCGGCGCCGACCUUCGAGGUGUGA